AGUAACAUACAACAUAUACUAAUUAAUCAAAACGACCUCUCUGUUUGAUAAAAGAUUGUGUGAUAGUAAACAAAUAUUCGUUUUCAAUAUUACUUGGAGAGUUGUCACCCCAAAAGAAGAACAUGUGUGUUAACUAUUAAUAUACAAGUUGCAAAUUCCAAAUAUGCCAUUAAAACGAUUAUUUCUGGCUUCUUUAUACCUAGGAUAUGUACAAAAGUACUGAACCUAACUGCAUGUACAAUAAAAUAAAUGGAGUUUUUUUUUUUAUUUCCAAGGAACGUACAAAUGUCGAACAAAAACAUUAUAAUUAAUGAUUCAAUUUCUUUUAAAAAAUCUUAGAGGACUAAUAUUUGUUUUCCAAGUGGCCCACAUAUUAUUCCUUUUAAAACUGUGUUACAUAAUAAUAAGGUUUUGAACAAUCAAUGUCAUUACGUAACAGAUCAUGCAAAUGAAAAUAUACGGAGUGAUCUACUUCAAAUUGGUCAAUACAACAUCAACACUAAAACACCCCAAUAUAUACCCUGUCUAUGUCAAUACAACACCAAAAAUACCUCGAUAUAUACCCUGUCUAUGUCAACACAACAUCUAAACACCCCAAUAUAUACCCUGUCUUUGUCAAUACAACACCAAAAAUACCUCAAUAUAUACCCUGUCUAUGUCAAUAUAACAUCAAAACACCUCAAUAUAUAUCCUGUCUAUGUCAAUACAACAUCAAAACACCCCAAUAUAUAUCCUGUUUAUGUCAACACAACAUCAAAACACCCCAAUAUAUACCCUGUCUAUGUCAAUACAACAUCAAACAUACCUCAAUAUAUACCCUGUCUAUGUCAAUACAACAUCAAAACACCCCAAUAUAUACCCUGUCUAUGUCAAUACAACACCAAAAAUACCUCAAUAUAUACCCUGUCUAUGUCAAUACAACACCAAAAAUACCUCAAUAUAUACCCUGUCUAUGUCAAUAUAACAUCAAAACACCCCAAUAUAUAUCCUGUCUAUGUCAAUACAACAUCACAAAUACCUCAAUAUAUAUCCUGUCUAUGUCAAUACAACACCAAAAUACCUCAAUAUAUACCCUGUCUAUGUCAAUACAACACCAAAACAUCCCAAUAUAUAUCCUGUCUAUGUCAAUACAACAUCAAAAAUACCUCAAUAUAUACCCUGUCUAUGUCAAUACAUCAUCAAAACACCCCAAUAUAUAUCCUGUCUAUGUCAAUACAACAUCAACACUAAAACACCUCAAUAUAUAUCAUAUCUAUGUCAAUACAACAUCAAAACACCCCAAUAUAUACCCUGUCUAUGUCAAUACAACAUCAAAACACUCCAAUAUAUACCCUGUCCAUGUCAAUACAACACCAAAACACCCCAAUAUAUACCCUGUCUAUGUCAGUACAACACCAAAACACCCCAAUAUAUACCCUGUCUAUGUCAAUACAACACCAAAACACCCCAAUAUAUAUCCUGUCUAUGUCAAUACAACACCAAAACACCCCAAUAUAUACCCUGUCUAUGUCAAUACAACACCAAAACACCCCAAUAUAUAUCCUGUCUAUGUCAAUACAACACCAAAACACCCCAAUAUAUAUCCUGUCUAUGUCCAUAUAACAUCAAAACACCUCAAUAUAUACCCUGUCUAUGUCAAUACAUCAUCAAAACACCCCAAUAUAUAUCCUGUCUAUGUCCAUAUAACAUCAAAACACCUCAAUAUAUACCCUGUCUAUGUCAAUACCACAUCAAAACAUCCCAUUAUAUACCCUGUCUAUGUUUGUUUACUCUUUACUAAUUGAAUAAUCGAAAGGACAGUUAAAUAUCUUCGAUAAAUGACAAUAACUUUAUCGAAAAUUUUAUUGGGCUGUCAGCAACUUAGUGUGAGAUCAGCGUUUCUUCCCAGAAUGCUCUUCGAGAUAGAUGUCGACAAUAAACAAAACACACGUGUAGUUAUUAGCUAUGGGAUUGA